AUGACGGCAAUCUCAAUAAGAGCGGACCUGAAACAUACCAUCGCGCCGGCGCAUUUACAGACGUUCGUAUCGGCGCCCGCAGGCAACACGCACCUUCCGAAUGAGCAAUCGCUCGCCCGCCAGAUACUGCACAACCUCCAGUAUCAGCACUACUGGUCGGACCUGCAGGUGCACACGCACUCACCGACUACCAACGACCUUCUACCCCGUCCGCUGGUCUCUGGCCUACCACCGCAACGUUUAUACGUUCAUCCCGAUGAGCAAGUGGAGUUGCUGAAGAAGGCCGACCGCGAAAGGAAAGCGCGCGCUGCGGGCGAGGCAGGUGGACUGGAGGUCAAAGCGGAGCCUGAACGAGAAUGGGUACUGCCUACCAGACUGAACGAGACGUGGACGCUGCGUAAGCUAGCUGGCGUGUUCGAUGUUAUCAGUAUGGUCCCGCCUACAACAGGCUCGUCAAAUACUGGAGGGGACACAGCCAAUCCCUGGAGGACAACAAAGCGUGUCGUAUUAGCGACAGUAGACUCGGACAGCACAGUCGUCUACUACAUUGUCCACGAUGGCGUCGUCAAGCCGCGACAGAACUGA